GUUUUCCAAAUUUCUUAGUGAUUUGCGUUACUCUGACAAAUUUCUAGCUAAUCGGGGUGUUGCAUAAGAGCAUACGCCAGGGUGCAUCAAAAAGCGUGCAUCUCGUUACAACCUUUUAUAGUGUCUCUCUAUCAUUCGUUGGACUCAAGAUACAAACUCCAGAUAAGAAAUACAGACGGAUUCAACACCCUAUGUUCAAUAUUUUCUCUCUUGUCUUUGUUUUACGAGUGUUUAUAACUUUGCUAAGCCUGUAAGAUCGUUUGACUAGAAUCCUUGGGGAUUUCAUCCAUCUCAUUGCAGAGUUUUGAUUUAUUUAACCGGAUUUGAAGUUUAGUUUGCUGCUUAUUAAUUUCAUGGAUGAUGGAGAGUUAGAUUUCUCGAACCGAAUCUUACAGAAUAUGGAGCAUCAAUUGUUGAGCAGUUGUGCGAUGGAUAGUUUGUUCGAUGAUAUGCCCGAUGAUACUCAUACACGUACUCAUACCAAUACUUGGAAUCAACCUGAACAAGGUAUGACGCAAAAUCUUAAAUUACCUCACUCACCAAGUAAUAUCCAUUGGGGCAGUAAAACGUUUCCUGUGGAUCAAAAAACAGCUACCGAGGAAACAGAUGAAUCUGUUGACAAAACAUCCAAAAAACGCCCACAUGGUAAUAGAGAAUCGGUUCGUAAGUAUCGUGAGAGAAAGAAAGCCCGGCAAGUUUCAAUAGAGGAUGAGCUUAUCAGAUUGAGAAUUGUAAAUCAGCAGUUGUUAAAAAGGUUGCAGGGACUAGUUGCUCUUGAGCAAGAGGCAGCAAGGUUCAAGUGUCUACUUGUAGAAAUCAGGGGAAGGAUUAAAGGAGAACUUGGAUCAUUUCCUUUUCAAAAACCCGCAACUGGUAAUGGUGUCAUCCCUCAAAAUAUGCUCCAGUCUAACUUAGUUGGAGCAUAUGAUGUGAAUCAGUGUGGCCGCCAAUACGCUGGAUUGGGUAAUAAGAAUGUGGAGGAAGCUGGUGUACUCGGUAAUCGGAAUAAUAAUUCAGGAUUGAAGAAGUUUCUGGAAUUUGGACAAGCAAGGUUAACUACAAAUCUGAAUACCUCCACUGCUGCCAACAAGCGUAAAGGAAAGAGCUUAACCAAAUGUAUAUAGCUGAGUUGAAAUUGAAGGUUUUUAAUCAUAUUGCUGCAAUAUGGAUGUUUACCCAUUUUGCAGCACUGUGACUGUGGAUGUUAUCUUUCUUAGUUAUAAUCAUUGGAAUGUAGGUAUAUAUUUAAGCUUUUGA